AUGGCGACGCUAUCACUCCGUCUUCCGUCUCUAGAGGACGGCGAUCCCUGGGUUGUCCACCAGAAGCUUUUCGACGUUCUGAAGACAUUCUUGCAGCCUGGUAGCAACGCAGCUCCGUCAUCUGCAGCCAAGGACAUCGACGACUUGACGCCAGGCAAGCGACAGGCAGACGACGGAAAGCCAAAGGAAGACUAUGAGAGCUUUCUCCUAGAGAUAUGGAACUCGAUUAUAGAGAUUGCUAAACAGAUCCCAAGUGACCAUGCCUCGCAGGACCGCCUGGUAGAGCUGGUGAAGGCGCUGAGCGAGCUGCCGCCUAUAGAGACAGAGAUCUGGGGGAGUACCGUCAAAGUAUGGGCUGAUCUACCGUUACUUGGACCUGCCAUGAGGGAGGCUUGGAUAGAACCAACAAGCCACAACCAGGCUCCUACCACUGAAGAUGCCCAGAGAUGGAUCAACCAGAAUGCCUUUGCGGCUCGCCUCUUGAAUCUCGAACAGAUCUCUUGGUCCAACUUUGCUGUCUGGAGUCUCCGUUCUGCCCUCGAAGAAAAACCAGGUACAGCUGCACAAAGCCACAAGUGCGAAGUUAGUGCUGCAGCACAGUGGAUGCUGUAUUGUGCUCCGUAUUUGCUUGAAGAAGCAAAGGGUGAUGCCGUCAGAGAGGCACAGGAAGCAAAUGCAGAGCCUCAGCCAAACAGGGGCCAGCCACUCGCAGGAGGUAAACUGUACAAGGGCAAGGCGAGACUCUGCCCUGAACGUUGGCAGUUCUGGAAGCAGCAAUUUGAGGGUAUUACUCAACCAGAUAUCCAGAGUGUUGCUUCGUUGGCAAAGCAGAAGAUGGAUUCUGCCGAGUAA